AUGUCCUUCAGAGAUUUGGCAAUAGCAGUAAUGUCCUUCUCACAGACUACAGUUGGAAUCCUGGGGAAUUUCUCUCUUCUUUACUACUAUCUAGUCCUUGGCCAGAACAGAUGCACACUGAAGUCCACACAUCUGAUUCUCAGGCACCUGAUUAUAGCCAACUCCAUGAUCAUUCUAUCUAAGUCACUUCCUCAGACAAUGACAGCUUUUGGCCUGAAACAUUUCCUGAAUGACUUUGGCUGCAAAAUUCUUUUGUAUUUUCAGAGGGUGGGCAGAGGUGUGUCAAUUGGUACCACCUGCCUCUUGAGUAUCUUCCAGACCAUCAUGAUCAGCCCCAUGAACUCUUGUUGGAUGGAUCUUAAAGUAAAAGCCCCAAGGUACGUUGGCUUCUCCACUGCCUUCUGCUGGAUCCUAUAUAUGGUUGUAAAUUUAAUUUUUCCUAUGUAUGUGUAUGGCAAAUGGAACAGCCAAAACAUGACAAAGAAAAGGGACUUGGGAUACUGUUCUACUGUCGGUGGUGACAAAAUAGUAGAUUCACUAUACACAGUGUUGUUUGUAUUCCCUGAAGUUUUAUUUUCUGUGCUCAUAAUCUGGGGCAGCAGCUCCAUGGUUUUCAUUCUGUAUAGGCACAAACAGCGGGCUCAACAUAUUCACAGCAGUAAUGUUUCUCUUAAAUCCUCCCCUGAGUCCAGAGCCACUCAUAGCAUCCUUGUUCUGCUGUGCACCUUUGUGAUGUUCUUUUUUCUCUCUUCCAUAUUAAAUGUUUGUGUUGCUCUCUUUUAUAAUCCCAGUUGGUGGUUGGUGAACAUCAGUGCCCUCCUUUCUGUGUCCUUUCCUACUGUCAGCCCCUUUGUUCUCAUGAACCGAGCCUCCACUGUACCCAGGUUCUGCUUAGGGAAUAUAAAAAUCCACUAA